AUACAUUUAAAUGAUAUCAAAUUGCCUGUAUGUAAUAACAAUGUAGUGGUGAAAAUCAAAUCAAACCUCUGUGAAUCCAGGCCAUAUGUCAUUGGUCACCACGGGUAGACCUCAUUUGUCCCAGUUUAGAGAGAAGAAGGAAGUUGGUAACGCGUUGAGUGUCGCAACAGGGACGAUGUCUGGCUUCUUCUUAACUUGUUAUUUCUUUCUUUUAAUCUUUUUUGGAGUACAGAGCAUAACAGUGGUUGGACUGGUUGGGCAAACUGUUACACUGUCCUGCAAGUACAACACCAAUACCCACCACAUCACAAGCACAUGCUGGGGCAGGGGAAAAGUGCCCUGGUCAAGGUGCGCAGACCCCCUCCUGUCCACCAAUGACGGGGGCAGGGUGACAUACAGGGAGUCCGAAAGGUAUCAGCUCCACGGAAGAGUCAAAGAGGGGGAUGUUUCUCUAAGUAUUCAAAAUGUCGAAGAGAAUGACAGUGGCAUAUAUGGCUGCCGUGUAGAGUUACCUGGAUGGUUCAAUGACCUGAAGAUCAACAUCCGUCUGACUAUCAUUAAAGCACCUGACUCCCUCACCAGUGUCAGCACCCCUCUUGUUCUCCCCACUGCAUCAUUUGAUGAACACCCGGCCAUUACGGAGGAUUAUGAUGAGCCCGUUGUAAACUCUGUCCACUCAAAGGAAAACACACUGUUCUGGCCACAGAACAUUGUGAGAAUGGCAGUUGUUAUCAUCAUGACCGUUGCAACACCAGUCUUUAUUUAUGCAGGCUUGACAACUCUACUGAAGAAGAAGUCCAAUGAAGGGACAGCUCCAUGACUAUUCUGACCUAUCAUUGUCAGCGAAGAGUAAAAUCAAAUUGCUGUCCAAAUUCGAUGCAUUUAUGGAAAUAUGGGAAUUUAUGAAGCAUUUAUGCAUUUAUGGAAUAUUAAUUAUGGAGCAUGGAGGUACCAUUGAUUACCAACAAAGAGAUCAUGUAGUAUUAAAUGGAAAAAAGCACAGGAAACGUGCAAUCCAUUGCAGUCAUUCUUGAAUUAUUUGUCAAACAUUCUUCAAUACUAAUGUUAACAACUGACUACAAUGCUACCAUCUUGUGGCUGUAAAUGAUAGCUAGAGUCUUUUGUUUUUGUGUUUUUGUUCAAUGUGCAUUGUACAAACUUCCCUAAAAUAUGUUAAACAAUAAUGUUGGUAUAAUAAUAAACAUAUAUAUGAUAAACACAAUA